AUGUCGCAGCAGCCACCACCCACAGUAAUGCCGCAGAAUAUGCUUCCUCCUGGGGAAGCAGAGCUCGCCCAGGCCAAUUCUUACUAUCCGCAGGAACCUGCAGACCUAACGGGGGGUCUUCCUAUCAACCUUGACUCUCUGCGUGAUGGUCCACCAGGAAGCAAACCAUUUUAUCCAUAUUCUACGCUUAUACGGUAUGCUAUAAAGGGUUCUCCGAAUCAAAAGUUACUCCUCGAGGAUAUUUACUACGCCAUUGAAUCCCGCUUUCCUUAUUUCAGGAAUGCCCCAUCCGGUUGGAAGAACUCAGUGCGACACAACCUUUCACUCAACCCAUGCUUUGAGAAAGUGCCGCGUCCCCUCACCGACCGAGGGAAGGGCUCGUACUGGACUGUCAAUGAUAACGUAGACCCGAGAACAGGUGUCCACCGAGUGAGGAAGAAGAAGCCGAAGGGCAUAAGGGAUGUGGAUUAUCAUCCUGAAGCAUUCAACGACCCUAAUGCACAAUUUGUGCAGCCGCCACCUAUGCAUCCUGACGAAGCAGGCCCCAGUCGGCAAGCGCCGUAUCCACCAUUUGAUCCCAACUUCCAGAUGAUGCCUCCUCCACCUCCCGGCCUUCGAUUCCCUCCUGUGCCCAUAGAUGAUUUGGAGGUAGACGAGGGUGGGAAUAUCUUGUGGCGUUUGUCCUUGAUGAAGGAACUUGCGCACUUGCAGCAAAUUUCGUCAGAGAAGGACAUGGGCGAAGAUUGGUAUCGCGUGAUGCUGUUGCGUAUGCGUGGGGCUGUCAUGGCCCCACCACCUGCAUAUCAUGAUGGUAUGCACCCUCCACCUGGGAUGCCACCUCCACCUCCGCCCAACCCGGAGUUACAGCAAUGA